CCUGAAAUCCCUGGGUGAAAAUGGCCUCUCCUCCUUGCGGGAGCACCACGAUCUGCGGCGGCGGCCUUCUCCUCCUCCUCCUCUUAGCUUUCGUGGCCGAGACGGUCCAGGGCGGCGCGUCAGCGGCUCCGGCGCUGUACGUGCUCGGCGACUCGCUGGCGGACGUCGGCAACAACAACCGCCUGGCGACGCCGUUCAGGGCGGACUUCCCGCACAACGGCGUCGACUACCCGGGGCACCUGGCCACCGGCAGGUUCAGCAACGGCCACAACCUGGCAGACUUCGUAGCUGCCAGUCUCGGUCUCCCCUCCCCUCCAGCAUACCGCUCCAUCGGCAACGCCACCACAGGAAACUCCUCCAUAUUUCUGAAGGGUGUAAACAGGGGCGGAGACGGGGGCGGAGACGGGCCUGCCCCCAUGGUCCCCAAAUUUAUAUUAGAAAUUUAA